AGCCAGCCUCCCCCCCCCCCCCCCCCCCCCCCCCCCCCGGCGGCCCCCGGCGCCUUUUGCUUUCUCUCUCUCUCUCUCUCUGUGUUGGCUUCUUUUCUCAUCAAUCAACCUAUUUUAUAUUCCUAGUUUCCUCAUUAAUCUUUCCUCGUUUUGUCUAUUAGCAGAAUGUAUCAUCCUCAUAACUUACUUCCUUGUUUGCAUUGCCACCCACAUCACUACAUUAGAAUGGUUCAAUAUCUCAUAGAGAGGUGCUUGAUCCUUAACAUGAGCCGAGACCAGUGCAUCAAUGCUCUUGCACACCAUGCCAGCAUUCAGCCCCUCAUCACUCUUACUGUAUGGAGAGAGCUACUAAAAGAAAACAAGGACUUCUUUAGAGCAUAUUUCCAUAGCAGUUCUCCCAGCUGCAGGCCUCCUUCAUUGAUAUCUAGAAGAAGACACUUCCAGUACCAUAAGGCACCAUGGUCUGCAAGAAGGAAGCAUUAAUAUUGGAAAUCAUAUAUUAAGAACCUGCGGCUAUAUAUAUACAUGUAUAUAUAUGCAUGAUGAUCCGAAGAGAUCAUUGCAUAAUUUUUACUGGUAUUAGUUUUUUGUGCACAUUUAGUAGAAUAUUAGUUAAUUAAGAGACUGCUGUAGCUAGGUUUAUCUUAUAUAUGCAUGUGAAAUAUUAUUCCAAAUUAAUACAUAUGAAGUUAUAUA